AUGAAGUCCACUAUCAUUGCCAUCGGCGCGCUUGUUCUCCCUGCUGUUAUGGGUGCAGCUCUGCCCGUUAGACAGGAGACAGCCACACCAGCUGCCAAGCGAGACAUAGACGGCAUUGAAUACGUCUGGGGCUCCAAGGAUGGUGAGGAGCGCAAGCGUGACACCGACGGAAUUGAGUACGUCUGGGGCUCCAAGGACGGUGAGGAGCGGAAGGCCAAGCGCAACAGCGACGGCAUCGAGUAUGUCUGGGGCUCCAAGGACGGUGAGGAGCGCAAACGUGACACCGACGGCAUCGAGUACGUCUGGGGAUCCAAGGAUGGCGAGGAGCGCAAGGCCAAGCGGGACACCGACGGCAUUGAAUAUGUCUGGGGUUCCAAGGACGGCGAGGAGCGCAAGCGUGACACCGACGGCAUUGAGUACGUCUGGGGGUCUAAGGACGGAGAAGAGCGCAAGGCCAAGCGUGAUACCGACGGAAUUGAGUACGUCUGGGGCUCUAAGGAUGGUGAGGAGCGCAAGGCGAAGCGGGACACUGACGGCAUUGAGUAUGUCUGGGGCUCCAAGGAUGGUGAGGAGCGCAAGCGUGACACCGACGGCAUUGAGUACGUCUGGGGGUCCAAGGACGGAGAAGAGCGCAAGGCCAAGCGUGAUACCGACGGAAUUGAGUACGUCUGGGGUUCCAAGGAUGGUGAGGAACGCAAGGCUAAGCGCAACAGCGAUGGGAUUGAGUAUGUUUGGGGCUCCAAGGACGGCGAGGAGCGCAAGGCUAAGCGCAACAGCGACGGCAUUGAGUACGUCUGGGGCUCCAAGGAUGGCGAUGAGUAA